AUGAGUGAGCUGAAGGAAAGACGAGCUAGCGAAAUACCAGGAUUCCGAUGGAUUCUAUGUAAUACCUGUGGUAAGACUGCGGUUGGCGGUGCCAUACUGUUUGUCAGUGGAUGUGGUCACGUACAUUGUAGUGCAUGUUUGAGGAAUCUGGCAAGUCGAACUCGUUAG